AUGGCAGGAACAGUGCUAGGAAAGCGCAAUCGCGUGGACUCGGAAGCCCUCCCGGUACGCACCGCAAGCAAGCGCCGGACAAUCGCGCCCCGAGCAAAGAAGGAAAAGGAAGUUGCGCCGGUACCACUACGACGGACAAGGUCUACUGUGCAAAAAGCACGUGAAAAUUCCCAGCCCGAUCAAGAGAAUGGCGACAAGAAAAAUGUUUCGGAGGAUGAGACACAUGUGGAGAUUGUCUCCUCCAAGCAUACUCUGCGCGAGGAGCAAUUGAAAUCACCUGUGAAGAUCAACUCGCAUUUCCGCGCCUCCAAGCAAGUGAAGGGGGAGCCCGAGAAGCUGAAAGAUGUGCCGGAGACCGCAGAGGAUGUGAAGCCGAUCGAAUUCAAGACCCCUUCGAAAUCACGAUUCCGCGAUGCAUUGCCACAAUCGCCUAUCACCCCCAGGCAUCGGGUGCAGGUCGGGGCAAAGGCGAUAACCCCACGUACCCCCCGCCACGCAGAUCUCCCUCCGACGCCACGUCAAACUGCGACUCCUACCAUUACACACUCCGUCUACUCGCAGGCCAGACAGCUGUUCGCCCGGGGUGCCAGCUCUGGUCGGCUCGUCGGGCGAGAUGCGGAGCGUGAGAAGCUGGUCUCCUUCCUGACAGAAGGUGUUGAGUCUCGGAGUGGAGGCUGUCUCUACAUCAGCGGUCCCCCGGGGACGGGCAAGAGCGCCAUGGUCCAAGAGGUGUGCAAAGAUCUCGAUCUUUCUAAUGUGAGGGUGUCUCAUGUCAACUGUGCAAGCAUGCGAGUAUCUCGUGAUGUUUAUAGCAGACUCAUCCAAGAUUUCGGCGCAGAUACGGAUAUGUUUAAGAAAAGCGAGGCGGAUCGCUUGAAGGCCAUGUUUAUUCCGUCCAAGAACGCCGAAGAUCUCUUUCUUGUCACGCUAGAUGAGAUUGAUCACCUAUUGAAUGGGGACUCCGGGGUUUUACAAUCACUGUUUGAGUGGUCUCUACAAAGCAAAUCAAAGCUGAUGUUGAUCGGAAUUGCCAACGCCCUCGAUCUGACCGACCGCUCGCUCCCACAACUCAAGGCGAAGAACCUGAAGCCCCGCCUUCUGGCAUUUUUGCCUUACAGUGCUGCAUCUAUCGCGGAUGUGAUGACAAACCGGCUUCGAUCACUGCUUCCUGCUGGCUCGGAGGCGGAUCCAAAGCUUGUGCCUUUCGUCCAGCCAGCUGCCAUUCAGCUCUGCUCCAAGAAGGUUGCCUCGCAAACCGGUGAUCUUCGCAAGGCGUUUGAGUUGAUCAAGCGGGCAAUCGAUGUCAUCGAGCAAGAGACCUGGCAAAAGCUUGAGAAGCAAGCCAGUGAAAAUGUGGCGAUUCUUAGUGAAAACACAAACCUGUCUUCGCCCACCAAGGGAGCCAGCAUUCCGAGGCCAGCAUCAAUGUCCAAUUACACCGUCAUCACUGCACCUCGUGCCAGUAUCGCGCACAUUGCCCGUAUCACCUCUGCGGCUUUCGGUCAAGGUACUGUUCAGCGACUGCAGAGCCUCAACCUUCAACAGAAAGCCGCCAUCUGUGCCCUCAUUGCGCUUGAACGAAAGCGUCGUCAUCUGGAAGUUCCCUGCACUCCGUCCAAGUCCCGCGCCUCGGCACCUACCAUCAAACAAGCGUUUGAUACAUACUGCGCCCUGUGCCGCAAUGAUAACAUUCUCCAUCCUCUGACUGCCACCGAGUUUAAGGACGUCUUGAGCAAUCUCGAGACAAUGGGCUUGGUUGGAGAAUAUCAAGGCCGAGGCCGAGGCGGGACCGUUGCAGGCGGCUCAGACCUGCGCCGCACGCCUUCGAAGUCUGGCAAUAUGCCAGGUACACCUCACAAGGCGCUUGACGAGCAAGGACUCCUCUGCUUCGUGUCCCAGCAAGAAAUCGAAAGUCAAAUCGCUGGCCCUGGUGAGGGCAUUCUUCGACGUCUUCUACGAGGCGAGGGACUUUGA